AACGCUCGUGUAAUUUGCAUAGCAGCCAUAUUGACCGUUCCUACACACUGUACUCAGGCGGCCGAGAUAGCCGAAGUCGACGCGGCGCGAAAAUAGGGGCAUAUCUCGGUAAAAUCGAAGGCUAAUGACACUGCUUAGUUAACCAUCUGCCAGUGAUAUAUUUGUAUUAUUUAAUUCAACAGGGAACAUCAUUAUUUAUCUUUCAUCAACAGUAUUCAGGGUGUAUGUUCUACCUCUUCUUUCUGAACGCUGUCCAGCUAGCUAGCAGCACCCUCCGGAUUGUUUAUCUUUACGGGCACGGGAAAUAAAACCGAGAAGGACGUGGCCGUGGAGCUGAAUGCGAAUUUUCGUAAGCGGCAAGGCUUUAGCAAGAAAGCGUGGACAAGACACUUUGGCCUUCGUGUUGACUUGUCUUUUAUUUUGCACUAGCAUCAGCUUGGGCCCUAUCGGAGUGAUAUAGCCAUAUCUGGAUCGAGAAUGGCUGGGAAGGAUCCUCUCAUCAGACUCUGUGAGCUGUUUUUAUUUCUGUCCAUCGCAGUUCUCCUUGUUGAAGGGGCCAGUGUGAACCUGCCUCUGGGUAGUACCCACUGCCACCUGUACAGCAGCCAGGAGUGUGAGAAAGAUGGCACCAAGUGUGGCAACACCACCGAAGAGUGUGACAACAAGGAAGCUGAGAUACCAUCCUGCUACGUCCUCUGGAAAAACGAGACUUCCUCUGGAGGUGGUGUAGAUGUGAUGAUGCGAGGCUGCUGGCAGAAUCAGGGUGACUGUCUUGACAUGGACUACUGUAUGAGCUCUAGUCCUGCUGACCAAAACCUCUUCUUCUGCUGCUGUGUGGGGAACCUGUGCAACAUGAACUUUUCUUUCCUCCCAACCCCAGAACCUACCCCCACUGUUACACAAACAACAGUCACAGGAUCCAAUAUAGACGAGAAGAAGAAGAAGAACGAGAUGCUGACCAAAACCAUCCUGUAUUCCAUCGUGCCGAUCGUUGCCAUCGCUCUGGUGAUCAUCAUGCUUUACUGGAUGUGUAGACGACACCGCUACCAUUCCCUGAUUGCCAUCCCGACCACGGAGCCAACUCCAUCACCCAUGAACAGCCUACCUCCCAUCCAGCUCCUGGAGAUCAAAGCCAGGGGCCGCUUCGGUGCUGUCUGGAAGGCCUCUUGUCUCAACGACAUCGUGGCUGUCAAGGUGUUCCCUAUACAGGAUCGCAACUCCUGGGCCAACGAACGUGAGAUCUACAGCCUCCCUCACAUGCACCAUGAGAACCUCCUCCAUUUCAUCGCGACCGAGAAACAUGGAGAGGGAUUGGAGGUGGAGUACUGGCUCAUCUCAGAGUUCCACCAUCAUGGAUCUCUGUGUGACUACCUCAAAGCCAAUGUUAUCAGCUGGAAGGAGCUGUGUGGUAUCGCUUUCUCCAUGGCCAAGGGCUUGGCUUACCUGCACGAGGAUAUCCCACCUACCACCGCUAUACCAUUUGUCAAGCAUUCAGUAGCUCACAGGGACUUCAAGAGUAAGAAUGUGCUGAUAAAGAACAACACCACAGCUUGCAUUGCAGACUUUGGCUUGGCCUGUGUGUUUGAGGCUGGCAAGAAUCCAGGAGACACUCAUGGACAGGUUGGAACGAGACGCUACAUGGCUCCAGAGGUACUAGAGGGAGCCAUUCAGUUCAAACGAGAUGCUUUUCUGCGUAUCGACAUGUAUGCCUUUGGCUUGGUACUGUGGGAGCUUGUAACAAGAUGCACAGUACAAGAUGGGCCAGUUCCAGAGUAUAGAUUGCCCUUUGAGGAAGAGCUUGGGCAAGGCACAUCACUAGAGGACAUGCAGGAAUGGGUAGUGGUCAAGAGGAAACGACCUGUCAUCAGUGACCAUUGGCUCAAGCACAGGGGUCUUGAGUUACUAUGUGAGACGAUUGAGGAGUGUUGGGACCAGGAUGCUGAAGCUCGUCUCUCGGCAGGAUGUGUAGAGGAGCGGAUAGCACAGUUCAGUCACAGCCACAUGAAUGGCCACAUGAAUGGCCACCAUCCGGUAUCGCCAACGCCUCUCAUCAUGCAGACCAUGCACAAUAGCACAAGCUUUGAGAACACUGGUAACACGGAGAGCACAGACAUUGCUUUAUACAGGAAUUCCCCGUCUCCGCCUCCCAAGGAGUCCAACUUAUAGGGGUUGUAGGCAUGUGGCCGAUGCAGACGCUGCCGUUGUGUGUGAGUGUUAGAAGACACUGGAUAUGUUACCCGCAGGGUGAUCAUGCAGCGGGAGUGUUGUGUUGCCAUGUGAGAACAAUCUAGGACAACUCAAAGCUGAAUGCCAACUGGGAUACAGCGGUUGAAGCUGUAACUUGAAGACGCCAAGAAAUAUGAAGGAGACAAGGAGAUGGUGGGAAACUUGGAGGAGAGAUGGCCUACUGCACCUGGAAUGCUCUCAACGUGUCCCGCCAGUCAAAGAUCCCAGCCCAUGGUCAAGAAGUGAUUUCUGAAAUGUGUUGACAGUGUGUGAGCGAUGUCAUCAGGUGAAAGUGCAUUCAACUCUUUGAUAAAAUUGCGGAGCAUCCAUGCGCUUUGCUUCUACCUGUGGAUGGGCUGUCCUUUGAAAAUCCUUGAAGGUAACGAAAAAGAGUUCUGCGCCGAGGAGAUAUUUUUGAUGACAACUGGAAAAAAGAAGAACAAUGACAUAACUCAUCACCUUUCUAGAAUGAACUGAGAGUGAUUUAUAUUAUGUGGAUGGUUAUUGAUGCUUUCCAAAUGUUUGUAAAUAGUGCACCGUCUGAGAGGACAUACAUGGUGAGGACUUUGCAGACAAAUAGGCAGUCUGUGAAUUACUGUGCUUUGACAUCAGUGUGACCCAUAACCCUGAAGGAAGAACUCUGCCAAGUCACACUGCAUACAUGGUGUAUUCUAAAAGCAAGCUUUUUACGUUUGUUGCCGAACUCCUACGUCAAUGUCUUUGCUGCAUGAGAUUAUAUGUUCUGUUCAUUUUUUAACCACCCUUUUAAUUGUACAUAGAUCUUUUCUGCUGUUAAGAAAAGCAAUGGUUAGACUUAUUUUUUGUGUGUAGACAUUGCAGUUAAUAGUUUGUGUGAUUAAGAUAAAAAAUACAGUAAAAUAAUUUGUGUUCCUCAGGAUUCAAUUUUUUCCGCCAGCUUUGAGGUUUAUGUGAGUUAGUAAGGAUACAACAUCUAGAUUGAAGUAAGACCAGGAUAGAAGGUUGAAUGGGUUAUAAAUGCUGCAUCGGAAAGAGAUUAUAAGGUGUGUAGAUGAAUGGAGGAGCCUCCUAUAUGACAAGAUUUGUAGAUGAUACCUUAUGCUGCCAAAGUAGAGAUAUUAGAUAGAGAAAACUGUGUAGGAAAAGAGAGUUAACUAUUUCUGACCCUUGACCCUUGUGACAGAGAGUAAGAAAUGGGGCGGGGGUUUCAAUUACAUUUAAUUAAAAUGUUUUGAGUUUGUACGCACAAAAUGACAUUGUCUAGGACAUCGUCUCUCAAAGUUUUGGAAAGAGUCUUUGUAAACCGGCUUGAUUAUUUACAGGCUCAAUUAUUUACAGGUUACAGAAUGCCAAGAGAAACUUGGCAUGAGCUGGAUAUGGUGACAAAGUUGAUGGUGUUAUCCCCUGCACUGAAUGAAGAUGUUAUUGUGAGGUAUACCACAGAUGAGGUUUCGCUGUUUUAUCAUGCACAUGCUAACUCCAGAAGGGACCAGAAUAAUGCAAACAGUAAAUAUACUUUAAAUAAGUUAUUGCCACGGAUGAGUCUUACCCCGUCACUUUAGAAAGACUUUACAAUGCCAUUUGUGUUUACUUAUCCAUAUAUUUGAUAUGCUGCCACGUAACUUUACCAAACUGUUUGCUGGAGUUAAAUGUGUUAUUUAGUAAAGAUAUGUAGCGAAUUUAGCGAUCGUCUUUCAACUGAAAAGAAGUAAUGGAUUUCAUGUGAAGGGUGAAUCUAUGGUCCACUAUCCAGGCAUUUCACACAUUGCCUAAGCCAUGACACCCAUGGGUUCCAAUGAAAAAGCAUGGCAUUAGACAUGAUUUCUUUACCUCCUAAAUGUUGUAGUCGGUGUUACUGGGUACAUAAGAAAAUCAAACGCAAUGGAAGGGGCAAUUGUUACUAUUGGGGGGGGGGGGGGGGGGGCUGAUAGAACUUGUUUUACUGGGGAUGUAUGAGUAGUAUCUGCUAGCAAUGCAAUAAAACAGCAGGAUCUGAAUCUUAACGUGUUUAAUUUAAUCAAGAUGUCCCUCGUCGACUGCAGGAGUUACACAGCUGCUAUUUGAUCAUUUUGUUUGUGUGUGUGAUUGUGAGUUGUAGCCAGACAAAAUGACACAAACCAACACAUCUGUCAUGUGUUGGCAGCAAUAGAUGCUCAACUUUAUUUAUGCAUGUAUCGUACACACCUUGUUUAUAUCCUGUUUCAUGUUCUCUCUACAUGUAGCAUGUAUGUUCUGUAUAUGUGUCUCUCACAGUGUCAACUCUAGUCACUGAAACUGCCGUCUUAGAGUUAUAUAUAUUAAUUAGUUCAUCUAGCUGAUCAGAUAUUUGUACAUUUGUUUUUAUCAUCAUAUAUCAGCAUCGCAUUCAAAUCUUGCUGAUUUUCAUCUUAUUUAUGCGGUAGAUGUUUCUCCGCUGUAGUUGCUUCUCAGGAAGAUGCUAAUAUUGUCUGCUGAGAGUCAGAAGGAUGUUAGCUCCUAUCUUUAUACUUAGAGCUAACAUCCUUCUGGCUCUCAACACCCGAUAUUGUGUAGUUAGUCUAUGACGCUGUAGCUCUUAACCUACCUUGGCAGUAUUAUGACCAAAGCAUAGACUUAUAAACUUUGUGUGAUUGGGAGGAAAAUCUAAAUGGUAAAUACUUCAGCUUUGUUCACACGUGAGGCAGUAAACCUCCCAAAACAUAGCUUCAAAAUAAAAACAUUUUAGUGUAAAUAAAAUAAGCUGGGCAUAACAAAUGCUCGUAAGCGUACUCAUAUCCAAAGAACAAUCGUGGACUUAUGAACAUACCAUACCAUUUGGAGUAAAAUCAGUUAUCUUUCAUCUGUUAGAAGAAGGGAAUAUAGAUUAUAUAAAGAAACCUCUUAAUGAAGACCUGUUCUGCAACCCCCCCCCCUCUCUCCCCCUCCCUCUCUCUCUCUCUUUCUCUCUCUCUCUGUCUAUAUCUACCCUUCAUCUGCCCUACCUCCCAAGUGUUUUUUGUUGAAGCCAUUACUAGAAAAUUGUGACAAGCUAUUCAUAACUUACUUUUCAUUCCUUAUUUUCUCACCAUCUGCUGUACCUAGACCAGUUUAUCACUUGAAUUGCUCAAUUUACAAGAAAACAAAUAAUAGGCUGAAUAUUUGCAAAUUUAGACCAGCAUGUUACCAUGUCAUUUUAACGUUCAUUACUUUUGCCAUUUACCUUUCAGUUUAAAAGCUCAAAGACUAGGAAAUCGCACGUACAUGUAGAUGUCAUUAUUAUGAAUUUCUUUUUUAUCCAUGUAUUAUUGGAUAUAGCGAUCUGUGAAUAUUCUAUACAAUUGCAUCUAAUAAUGCUGUGAUGUCUUACAAGUUUAUACCAUAGUGCUGGCUGUGUACACUGUACAUGUACAUCCGGUCUGUAUAGUGACAAUACCCAAUUUGUAUAAUUUCUUUUUUAAUAUCAUGCAAUAUUGUCUAUGAUUGACAGUGUUACUGGUUAAAAUGUGUGUCUAGGUGAUGAAGAUAAAGAUGAAUCGCAAAUUCUCAUGGGCAUUCAUUUUGUAUCAUGUAAACUUAGUAUUUUGUCAGAGACAGUUAUUUCAAGUUAAAGAAGAAAGGAUGGAAAUAAGCUGUCCUGAUCAGUCAGUCAACUUUAAGCUCAGGAGACCAACUCUCUGAAGACUUUAUAAACAUCAUGGGACCACCACUUCAAAAUUUCCCACGAUCUGUCUUCUUUUUCCUACCUCACUUUGGCAUGUCAAUAACUUACAUCGGUGUCAAUAAGUAAAAGAAAAGACCAACGACUUUAUGCCAGCAGCAGUCCUACGCACACUUUUCAAAUUAAGUUAUGCUGCACAUUGCACACGCAUUGUUUCCAUUGUUGACCACACCUUGCUUUUUCAAAGUGCCAAGCAUGGCGUGAAAAUGAAGCGGAAAAUGUAAACUUCUGUUGGGGAAAGAAAUGAUGCAGUAUGGAAGUACAUGUAUGUGGUGCAGGUCAAUAAAAUGAAACGGACAAAAGUAACACGCAACUGCAUUCAUCUCAGCAGCAGGUGCAUAUUUAUUCUAACACUCUUCAAUAUGGCUGCCUAACGUACUGUUUUGGACAGGGAGGUUAUUAACCUCAAGGUAAGCUUGUAUUUAAUGGAAAGCAACCAGUCCGUCAAAGUGCAAGUACAUGCAUUUUUUUCUUCAAACAAAGAACAUAUAGGAAUGCUCAAGUUUAAUCAUUGUAAUCACUUUUCCAAUCUUCAAUAGCAUUUCAUACUUACAUCUUUUAGGAGCCUCUUUAGUCAUUUACCAUGAGCUAGAAUGGCAUUGACCCAUACAAUUCUACUGCAUAGGGUUAAUGCCCUUCUGACAUUAAAGCUACACAAUGUUUAUUAUGUAUUCACUUCCGAUGGAGCAUGUUCCUGAAAGUUAAUGUUUAGCAGAGACAUGUGCCAAUCUAUCACUUGAACUGACAUGUAUUAGGAGGUAACUUAAGGGUAGAUUGUACAGGGUAGCAUGUUCAUCAUCUUAUGUAUAGGUUUAAUAUUCAAGGUCUCUUAGGUAAACUUACAGGUGCAAGUAAACUGUUUUUGGAAGCCAAAUCAAUGUUAUUACUAAUAUAUUUGAUAAAGCCUGCAAAGGGGAAGAAUAUGGGAGCAUGAUGGUAUACAUUUGUACAAUAUCCCUAUAACUUUUGUUAUUGUGGGGCAGGGGGGGGGGGGGGAUGGAUGAAAUGUGUGGAGUACAAGGAGUUAAGUUUAUUUUCUUCACCGAAUUUGAAAAAUACUUCAGACUUGGAAGGUAGUUUAUUUAUGAUAUGAAUUUGCAAGCCUGCAGUGUAAUGUAUCAUGGCACAAUUCCAUUUAAUCUGUGUAUUUAUUAUUCCUGAUAUUUAUUGACAUGAUAUGAAUAUGUAUGUGAGAGACAUCAACUUGCCCUUUACCAGCAAAGUAAAAGAAGAUUUUACUGCCCCUCUUGACUUUACAUGAUGUCUGUUUUAUUUAAAUUAUCUUAAAUAUUCAAAGCCAAUCAGAGGUCACUGCUAUUAUAGAUUGUAUGUUUAGAAAAGACCCCUAUUGAUCACGCUGUAUAUGUCAUCUGUUUUGUGUGUGUAAAUAUGUAUGUUUAUGCAACAUGUACCAUCGUAGCUUGUAAGAGAAUGUACAAAGGAUGUACAGACACUCUCAAGACGAAAAUCAAAUAAUGAAGCAUCAAAUACUACCUCAAGAUAGAAUGCACUUUGUUGGCAGGCAGGUUACACCAUAGGAACAUGCUAUACUGCUAAUUAUACAUGUAAUAGGUGAUAAUCGUGACUCGAUGAAUUACAGUAUACUGCAUGCUUUAUAUUCCUCAUGUGAUCACAGCCUAUCUGCAUAGACACCAAGCUUUAAUGUCUAGCACGAUAAGUCUGCUUCAAUACCUUGUCUGAAUCUCCUCUUAUCAAUUUUGUUCUAAUUAUGUUUUUUUUUUUUUCAUCACUUAAUUAUAAAUGUAAUGUUUUUGUCUUCGGAGGAAAAGGAACAUAAAAACAUUAAUCAAAUCAUGCAGCCCUUUGUGAAUUGCACUUUACAGUCGCAAAAUAAUAGGUAUUAUUUCAAUUUGAUGAACAUGCCUGUUGCCCCUGGUUAAAUGAUACAUUUGAGGAUUCUAGGAAAACAUCAAAUCCUUGACUCUCAGCCGAGGAAAGUGUGGUUAAUUUGUGGUGUUUUGCGAAUAACCGCUUCCAAAGACUGAGAAUAAAAUGCAAUCCAUUAUUAGAACUGUGCAGUAUCCAUUUCAUCAAAAUUAAAAGAUCUCUAUGCCAGGGCCGCCAUUUCCCAGAAUAUGUCAUCUUUCUCUGGGUAACUUGUUUGAUUUGGGCUGACUUCAACGUUGUAUUGGUGUACUUGGGAAAAGUUUGUCCUUCAAUCAUGUUUGCACUAAUACUUCAUUAAGUCAUGGUGACGACUGUGAUUCUUAAUUGUAUUAACUUCAUUUUGAUGAUUUAAAAACAAGCUAUGGGAGCUUUCAGGAGAGAAUCUUGAUUGAAAUUUGAAAUUGAAUUUCAUGUUUGAUUUACCAUGUUUGUGUUAGGACUGUCUUAGGACCGAGAGGUAUAUGUAUAUGCACUUGAGGCUUGUGACCAAAUGUUAACGUAUUGCACAACUAUAUGCCCAAUUUCAUGAGCACCUAACAUUGUAAUUGUUUUUUAUUAGUCAUUGAUCUGUUUCGACCCUCUUUCUGAACAGGCUUUCAGGCUGCUCUUACACAACGUUUGAGGGCUGCCAAGUUAGUGAAUAGUCAAUAGUGUGUGUAACAAUUGCUCUCUUUUUUGUAUUCUGUAGAUUGUACACGCACACGCAACCUUCCUACGCCAGUCAUUGCAUUGUCUUUGUUAUUGUUGAUGUUUAAUGUUAAUAGAAAUCAAAGCUGUUGCGACAAUAAGACUUGUCAAGACUACCUCAGGAGAAACAAAAAAAAACUUGAAAAUAUUGAGAGCAGUUUAUGUCUGCUUAAACACGCUUUAUUGACUACAUGUAUGUAAUGCCUGUCUGUAGAAAUUGAUAAUUUGUUGUAUUAACAACAGAAGGGGUAUUUGUAUAGAUUGAUAACCAUAAUGCACUUUUGAUUAACCAUAUGAUUCUCCAUCAAGAGCUUAGGACCUGUUAGUGUUCCUUCAUGUUUUGUGGAGAUAUUUUUAAAACACAGCUCUCACGCAAGACAAAGUUGAAUUGUAUAUUUAGACUUAGGAUUUUGAUUUCUUUUUUAAAGAUUAUGUGUCUAUGUGAUUGAUUUGUACCUCAAGAAUUUUACUUCCUGUCGUUAUGAUUGGACUAGUUUAGUUUGUAUCGUAGAUGAGUAUAGGAUGCCAUAUGUUGUAGAAUCUGUGAGGAUUAAAGGAAGUAUCAUGUCAUGUCAUUUAAUUCAUUAAACAAGUGUUACAUUACAAGAAA